AUGCGUACCUGGGGGUCAGACGCCGACCAAGACGCCGGAGAAAGCCUUCCCGAAGACGGCGUCGGCGUUCUGUUCCAACGACAGGCUAGUAGAUUGUUGCCGGAUGUCGUGACCAUUUCGUCCUUGGAAUGCGUGCAGGCAUGCCUCCUGAUGGGCGUGUACACGCUUCCCAUCGGUGCGUCUGGCUUGUCGUACAUUUAUCUGAAUUUCGCCCUGAAGCUCGCCAUCCAGAACGGUAUGCACAGGAGGUGUCCCGGAACUGGCCUCGAUGCCUCCGCCUGCGAGACGCGGAAUCGCGUGUGGUGGUCCCUCUACACGAUUGAAAGGCGCGUGGGCAUCUUUCAUGGCCGCCCUACUUCUAUAUCCAACGGCCACGUGGACGCCGAUUCCCCAGCAGAACUUACGACAUGGCUUCCCUCGCACCCUACGCACUAUGCCCAGAUCCUAGCUGCGCUGCAACUGAACCAAAAACUCGACAUGCUAUCUCAGGAAAUCAACAUCCCAAGCACCUCUCCAAACGUCUACAUGAAAAAAGGCUAUUCCACCUCGUCGACAUGA